AUGUGGGAAGGUCAACCUAUUGAUAGUAGUAACGGUUGGCCAAUAUUUGAGAAGGGCAAUAAUAUUCCCGGGAUUUCCUUGUCCACUUCGAUGGUUAUGAAUGCCACCUCAUCACAACUUUCGCAGCAAGAAAAUCAUUCCAAUUCAUUACAGUAUCGAAAGCACAGUCAACGUGAUAGAGCUAUUUGUAUAUCACAAGAAAUGUCU